AUGGCAUCUGCUCGGAGAAUUUCUCGGCGUCCCCCUAAGGCGUGGCUGUGGGUGGGUCUCGUGGCGGCUGUAUUACUGAUCUGCUCAUUCCCUGCUUCUUGUGGGGCGGAGGAAACAGCGGCUGAUGAGGAGACAUCUUUCGUCCUCACCCUUGACUCUUCCAACUUCUCCGAGACCGUAGAGAAGCAUAAGUUCAUUGUCGUGGAGUUCUACGCUCCCUGGUGAGUCGCUGUUCGUGAUUAUCAACCUCCCUGCUGAUUAUAGUGCCCUGUGUUUGCAGUCUCGGUAGAUCGCCGGUUUGAUCAUCGGUUUUCCUCUCUUCGCACACCCCGGAUCUACUCGGAUCUGUUUUAGUUUCUUGUCAGACUUGGAUAUCCGUGUUUGAAUUUUGCAUCUCUUGCCUGAUUUAUACGUACUGUUUUCACAUCAACUGAGAAUCUGUUAAUGAAUUGGGGAGAUUGACUGGUCAUAGACUUUUUUAUUCCGUAACUUGUUUCUUCGUUGAUCUGCGGUCUUCUUUUUCUUCACGUUUUUCAUUCUGCAUCGAUGAACGAUUCCGUAACUAAGCUGAUGAAUAACUUGCCUUUUGAAGCAAAACAUAUGCAUGAUGUUUGGGUAUUCAGAACGCCUUUUUCCUCUUUUUUUGAAGGCCAUUUAUUUUGUGUAUCGAAAGAUAAAUUUUCUUCCUUGAGUUAAUUGGCAUGAACAUUUUUACCGUUUGUGUUUGUUUUGCAUAUGUUUCGAAUUAUAUGCUUUCACGGUCAGAAAACCCACAUAAAAUGUUUCUUUUGUCGGCAUCCAGAUUAUAAAGCUUACUGCAGGCAUAUACAUAUUUUGACGAUAACAGCCCAUUUUUGCUUACUAUUUACUUUCAUUUGAGUAACAACAUGGCCGUGAAAAUUGUUAUAGGAUAGUACUUCAAAUGAGGAAUUUUCCUGUUUGCCACAACAUAAGAAGCUUUACGUGCACGUUUCUCUAAAUAUUUGUUUCUUCUACAGGUGUGGACACUGCAAGAAACUUGCUCCCGAGGUAACAAAUAUUCUGAUGCAAAAUCUCCAUCAAAUCAAGUCAUAUUUCGAGAUUUGCGCAUCUUUGACAGUUAUUCGACCAAUAACGUCAGCACUUUAUUCCUCCAUGUGAUGUUUGGCUAUUCCUUUUGUCCUGCAGUAUGAGAAGGCUGCGGCUAUACUAAAUACCCAUGAUUAUCCGAUCGCUCUUGCAAAGGUUGAUGCCAACGAAGAGUCUAACAAAGGACUUGCCUCCAAGUACGAGGUUAAGGGAUUUCCCACGCUUAUUAUAUUGAGAAAUGAAGGGAAAACCAUCCAAGAGUACAAGGGCCCUCGAGAUGCUGAAGGAAUAGUUGCUUAUUUGAAGAAACAAGCUGGUCCACCAUCCAGUGAACUUAAAUCUUCUGAUGAUGUUGGGAAUCUCUUUAAUGACAAGAAAGUCUACAUUGUGAGAUCACGAUUUUCUUAUCUUCAUUCAAUUUUCAUGUGACCAAUUUGUGGUUCUUCACAUCCCUGACUUCACUAAGUUUCUAUGUAGGUGGGAGUCUUCUCUGAAUUCUCUGGGGAAGAAUUUGAAACCUACAUCACUGUUGCUGACAAGUUGCGAUCAGAUUAUGACUUUGGUCAUACAUUGGAUGCAAAAAUUCUUCCUAGAGGAGAUUCUACAGUAGCAAAACCCAUCAUUAGAUUAUUCAAGCCAUUUGAUGAACGCUUUAUAGAUUUCAAGGUUUCGUUUUACCCUCAUUUCUAAUUUCUUUAAAUCAUUUAUUUGUAUCAAAAUUAAAUCUCCCUUCUCCCUGAUUUAUACGCAGGAUUUUCAUGCUGAUGCUAUAGAGCAAUUCAUUGAGGAAUCAAGUCUGCCUCUUGUGACUUUGUUUAACAAAGACCCUGACAAUCACCCUUUUGUCAUAAAAUUCUUCAACAAAGAUAAUUCCAAGGUAAUGCCUAUUUAUAUUUGGACGAGUUUUUCACCUUAUUCUGUCUAUCUGAUAAUGUGCGAGUUGCUAUAGAAAACAUAUGAAAAGCAAGUAAACAUGUGAAGAGGUCAAAUUAUUGUUGUUUUAUUGUUGGGUCAAUUUAUUGCUGAUUGAAAUAAUAUGAUUCCAUUUCAUUGGUUUUUUAUCCCAUACAAAUGUGAUGAAUAACAUUAUCUAACCCUGUGAUUUCAUGCAUAUUCGUCUCAUGGUAAUUGUUUUUGGUGCUCGAAUGGCCAGGCUUUGCUCUUCUUGAAUUUUAGCAGUGAGCAGUUUGAAGCAUUCAAAUCUGCUUAUACUGGUGUUGCUGGAGAUUAUAAGGGAAAGAACAUUAGCUUUUUGAUGGGUGACCUUGAUGCUAGUCAAGGUGCUUUCCAGGUUAUCUCCUACUUACUCUUCAUAUGUUUUCUAUACCCUAACUUGCCAUCAGUUUCGUGUGUGGCCUCUUAUGUUGACGGUUUCCUGCAGUACUUUGGCCUUAGGGAAGACCAGGCGCCUCUCAUUAUUGUACAGGAUAACGAUGGGAAAAAAUAUCUCAAAGAACAUCUGGAGCCUCUUCAGGUUGCAUCCUGGAUAAAGGAUUAUAUGGUAAAUAUCUGUUUGACAUAUUUUUUUGGAGCUCUGUACCCACAUAAUAUUGUUGAGAAGAAAAUGCUCCGGCCAAAUAUGACAUUUGGUAACUGGGGGAACAUGAUGGCAUCAAAUCUCUCAUAACGUAAACAUGUAUCUGCAGGAGGGUAAUGUAAAGCCCUUCAAAAAGUCAGAGCCCAUCCCCGAAGUGAACAAUAAACCAGUUAAGGUCGUUGUGGCUGACAGCCUGCAAGACGUGGUCUUCAACUCCGGGAAGAACGGUUUGUUCUGAGACCUAUCUAUGACUAAUUUUUACCUUUUUCAAUGAAUUUUGGACUAUUCCACCUUGAAGAUCCUAGGGUCUUUUCUAUUACUGUAGCCGAAUUUCUGAAUGGACUUGAUAUUCAUUGUCAUCAGUUGGGUGGAUCCGUUGGGUGAAUGCAAUGCAAAACCUCAGAAACAUUGCUCAGAUCUAUGUAGAGAUGUAGACAUCUGCAUGCAAGAAGCCUUCUCUCUCUAUCUCAUCAUGUUUCUUUACAGACAUUUAAUUUAUCUUGAAGUCGGGGCAUGAAUGAAUUGGCACAUGGUGAUUGUUGAUACUAGUUCCUGGUAUUUAACCUUGUCUGAUAUACUUUAUGUUGGCAGCCGGCAUAGUUACCUGAUAUAAGACCCACUUGGGCCUUUUUCUUUUAUGUACAUGUUAUGAUUGAGAUGUUAGAACUGACAGAGAUUUCUCUUCAGUGUAUGCCCUCUUGUUGCCUAAAUUAAUUUCUGAUAGGCUCAUGAUCUUCAUAUGCAGUCCUGCUUGAGUUUUAUGCUCCAUGGUGUGGGCAUUGCCAGAAGCUUGCUCCAAUCUUAGAAGAAGUAGCUGUGUCUCUUCAGAGUGAUUCCGAUGUGAUCAUCGCAAAAAUGGUAACCGUCCAUAAUAAUCCCAUGUUGAUAUAUUAUCAAUGAAAGUUGUGACUAGAAGGGUGCCUGAUUUGAUUUUGAUUGGAUGGCUCAAUAAUUCCAUCAACGGUAUCAGAACCAGUGGUUGUUCUUGAGCCAAAUGCAACCCAGUUACAUUGUCCCCGUUACAAAGCUUGAAAGCCCUUGAACUCUCUCUCUCUCUCUAUAUAUAUAUAUAUCAAUAUAUCCAUCUAUCUAUCUCUCUCCCUCUCUCUCUCUCUCUCUCUCUCUCUCUCUCUCUCUCUCUCUCUCUCUCUCUCUUCUAUGCUACCCAUCGCUUUAUUCCCCUUCUGGUGACCCAUCCUUGCUAAUCCAUUCAAUUGAAUCUCUCCAUUUUUCUCCUACCGGCUGAACAGUUUAUAUCCUCCACUUUCCAUUUACAGGAUGCAACUGCUAAUGACAUACCAAGUGGCUUCGAGGUCCAGGGCUACCCAACCCUCUAUUUCAGGUCCUCAAGUGGAAAUCUUUUGACCUAUGAAGGGGACCGGACAAAGGACGACAUCGUCUCCUUCAUCCAGAAGAAUAAGGGUGCACCAGCACAAGAUGAUUCAACGAAGGACGAACUAUAG